UUGUUUUCUGGUUUUAAUCUCGGCCAGUACGAAAUCCAUGCUGUUUUAUCCGUGAAGAUUAACGAGAAAUAAAAACUGUUCCUGGUGAAUUUGGUAAUUGUUGGGUGAGACGGGUUAAAAGUUGUCUAACGUUAGCGUUCUUGCUUGCCAGUUUAUAGCGUUGAAUUGCAGGUGGUGGUUUGCUAUUUUAGCUCGCUCUGUUCUCAUCAACAAAGAUCAUUAUUAGCUAGCUACCUAGCGCUAGCACAAGUCAAUUUAGUGCAGACACAGGUCUACGGUGCAGACUAGUAGCUAACUUGCUACAUCAUUAGCAAAGAGGCUAGUGGCAUAAAAUGCACGUUCUGACAUGGUAGCAACCCGCAACAUUAUGAAUUCAAAGAAAGAUGGAUGUUAACCAGGCUGAGGUACUCAAAUCAACUAGAUGGAGAACAAACCUGGAGAAAGUUAACAUAACCAAGAGGACUACACAUUCCAAAACGAAUGGGGUUACUUUGAACUCCAUACAAGUAAAACGGGAACCAAGAAACUUUGAGCAGAAGGAAAUUGGGGACGGUGACCGUUCCAAACUUUCCUUGCUGAAGAAGCAUGUCAAGCAACAACAAACUACAUCCAACCAAACGACCAUUGGUAGUCAGAUAUCAUGGAGUCCUCUAGUGCUGUUAACAAGAUUGUCUAAGGUGGUGGUUAAGACUCUUCGGAGAGAUACUAAAGUGUGUUUGGUGAAGGAGGAGACAGAUGCCAGGAGGGAUGAAGACAAGGGAGUCUCUUCUCCUCAGUUCUUUCCUUGUCCACACUGCACCAUCUCCUUUACUGACUGUUACUUCCUAGAGAAUCACAUCAAGAACAAACACCAGAAGCAGUACCUGGCCAUGUUGAAAAGCCAAGUCUCAAAGAGUAAAAGAGUGUAUGGCCCAACACACAGCUGUCCCCACUGUAGCUGCAUGUUCCAUACACCACGACAGCUAGACAUUCAUACCCGCCAGGCCCACCCCUCUGCCCGUCCCCAGAAACCUGCCCCUCCCCGCAGGGUUCCGGGGAAACUCCACCCCUGCCCGCAGUGUGCCCGCAGAUUCCCUUACCUGGGCACCCUGCUGAAGCACUGCAAGAAUUUGCACAAAAUGGCCGUUGUUCGCAUCGAUGGACACCUCAGUUGCGCGGAGUGUGGGAAGAGCUUUGAGAAUUGUUGGGGACUGGGGCCUCACCGGUGUCACGAACCAGAGGGCACUAAACCUAAGGACACCAAGCCUGUGAUAUGUCUGGAAGUCGGCUUCCAUUGCUCCGAGUGUGGCAAGAUCCUCACUACUCCUACAAGCCUGAACACUCACAUGCGCAUCCACACUGGAGAGAAGCCUUAUGAAUGCAAGGAGUGCGGCAAAAGAUUCUCGAAUAGUAGCAGUUUAGGCAAACACCUGCUGAUACACAAGGGGUUCAAAGAAUUCAAAUGCCAGGAUUGUGGGAAGGCUUUCGCCCAGGCAAAUCUUCUCAGGAAUCACAUGACUGUUCACUCUGGUGAGAGAAAGUUCUCCUGCUCCCAUUGCGACAAGCGGUAUGCAUACAGGGGUAGUCUGGAGCUUCACCUGCGCACACACUCAGGGGAGAGACCUUUCAAAUGUACUGUGUGUGGUAAAGACUUUGCUGACAAAUGUUAUCUGAAAACACACCUGAAUAUCCACAACAACCAGAAAAACUACCAUUGUGGGGUUUGUGGGCGGAAGUUCAUAAGGCUUGGGUUGUUGAAGUUACACAUGCGCUCACACACCGGGGAGAGGCCCUACCACUGCACAGUGUGCGACAAGAAGUUUUUUAGACUCUCACACCUGAAGAACCAUCAUCUCACUCACACAGGUGAGAAACCAUACACCUGUACCGAGUGCGGUAAAAGCUUCACUCAGUCUGGAGAUCUGGCUAAACACAAGCGCCACCACACUGGGGAGAGGCCAUUUGAAUGUUCUGAAUGCCACAGCCGUUUUAUCUGUUCAGGUUCUCUGACCCUGCACAUGAGGACCCACACUCACCGUGAUGUAAAGCCAUUCUCCUGCCAAGAGUGUGGGAAGAGCUUUUAUGAACAGAGUCAUGUAAAAGUCCACAUGAAAAUCCACAAUGGGAAACCGUAUUCCUGCCCCCACUGCUUUUUUUGUUUUGCUCGCAAGAGCAACCUUUCCAAUCACCUGUCUAGAUGUCCUCAACUUAAAAACAACAAAACUAAGAUGUCUAAACACCAUCAAGACCCCAUCAAAACAGAGUGUGGGACACAGUCAGAUGAUGUUGACUGCAAUAGAGAAGAAAUAGACAUUAGCCAAUCACCCUACAUUACUAAAGGUGUUUGUAACAGCUCCAUCCUAAUCAAAGAGGAACCAACAGACUUUGAGCAGCAGGGAAUGGGAGAGGAACCAAACCGUUCUGGUCCUUCCUUCCAGAAGAAGCACAUCAAACAUCAAAAUACAUCCAAUCCAAUGACCGGAUGUAGCAAGAUAUCAUGGAAUCCUGUGGUGACGCUAACAAGAUUGUCUAAUGUGGUGGUUAAGACUCUUCUGCGAGACACUAAAGUGUGUUUGGUGAAGGAGGAAAACCCAGACGAGACAGAUGGAGUCUCUACUUCUCAGUUCUUUCCUUGUCCACACUGCACCGUCUCCUUCACUGACUGUUACUUCCUGGAGAAUCACAUCAAGACCAAACACCCGAAGCAGUACCUGGCCAUGCUGAAAAGCCACGUCUCAAAGAGUAAAACCGUGUACGCCCCCACACACAGCUGUCCCCACUGUAGCUGCAUGUUCCAUACCCCACGGCAGCUACACGUCCACACCCGUCAGGCCCACCCCUCCGCCCCGCUAAGGAAACUCCACCCCUGCCCUUAUUGUGCCCGGAGCUUCCAGUACAUAGCCAGACUGCAUACUCACUGUAAGGUUUGGCAUAAAAUGGCUGUCGCUUUCAUCAAUGGGUACCUCAGUUGCGCUGACUGUGGAAAGAGCUUCAAGAAUUCCUGGGGACUGGGGCCUCACCAGUGUCACAAACCUGGGGACACUAAGCCUGAGGAUGGCCCUGUCUAUAUGAACAUUGGCAUGCCAUGCUCAGAGUGUGGCAAAAGCUGCUCUAGUCCUCGGAAUCUGCGCAUUCACAUGCGCACACACACCGGCGAGAAGCCCUACGUCUGUAAGGAGUGUGGCAAGAGCUUCUCAGAAGACAGCAGUUACCGCAAACACAUGAUGAUACACUCGGGGGUCAAGCCAUUCAAAUGCCAGGAUUGUGGAAAGGGUUUUGCCCGGAUGGGGCGACUCCGAGUUCACAUGACUAUUCACUCUGGCGAGAAGUCUUUCUCCUGCUCCAAAUGUGACAAGCGGUUUGCAUACAAGGACUGUCUGAAUCUUCACCUGCGCACACACUCAGGGGAGAGACCUUUCAAAUGUACUGUUUGUGGUAAAGACUUUGCUUACAGAAAUUAUCUGAAGUUGCAUCUGAAGAUCCACAACAAUGAAAAGAACUACCAUUGUGGGGUUUGUGGGCUGAAGUUCAUAAACAGUGCAGCAUUGAAAACCCACCAGCGCACACACACUGGGGAGAGGCCUUUCCAUUGCACAGUGUGUGACAAGACAUUUUUUCGACAUGAACACCUGAAGAACCACCAGCGCACUCACACAGGUGAGAAACCAUACACCUGUACCGAGUGCGGUAAAAGCUUCACUCAGUCUGGAGAUCUGGCUAAACACAAGCGCAUCCACACUGGGGAGAGGCCAUUUGAAUGUUCUGAAUGCCACCGACGGUUUAUCUGUUCUGCUGAUCUGACCAGACACAUGAGGAUCCACAAUAACUCACGGCCAUAUCCCUGCCAAGAGUGUGACAAGAGAUUCCGCUUGGCCAACCACCUUAAAAUUCACAUGAGGACCCACACUGGGGAGAGACCAUACUCCUGCCCCCGCUGCCAUCGCACCUUUUCUCGCACCCACCACCUCUCCGGUCACCUGCCUAGAUGUCGCUGAAUGAUGAAAUAUAUAAAUCAACUUUUUUACUCUUAUUGUAGUUAUUUAAUAAGGGAACAGUGGGGUACAGAAGAUGAUUUUGUGCCCGACUGACCUGGUAAUGCUAAUAAAUGUUAAUGACAAUAAAGGCUAUUCUGUUCUGUA